AUAUCUACAACACUACCAAUUAAAAAAGAAAAAAUCAGAGAAAAAUUCAAGAAAAGAAAGAAAAAUGGAAACAAUUAGAAAAAACCCUGUUUCCAUGAUCUUCAUCAUGCUGGCUAUAACCGGAUUUCUGUCGGCGGUGGCGGCGAACUUGGAGGAGGACGAGAAGGAAUGCGCGGAGCAGCUGACGAACCUGGCGGCGUGCAUUCCGUUCGUGAGCGGGACGGCCAAACAGCCGACGAAGGAGUGCUGUGACGACACCAAGAAAGUGAAAACUGCACAGCCCAAGUGUUUGUGUGUGCUGAUCAAAGAGAGCAGUGACCCCUCCAUGGGCCUUCCCAUCAACACCACUUUGGCUCUCCAGAUGCCCGCAGCUUGCAAUAUUGAUGCCAAAGUCUCCGACUGCCCAUCAUUACUGAAUCUCCCGGCAGAUUCACCCGACGCAAAGAUCUUCAAAGUGGGCAACGCAGAUUCAAGCACAGGCGCAUCUGCAGACUCUCCUUCUGGCUCUACUGCCUCUGCAAAAUCUCCACCUUCUUCCACAAUCACAAGUUCCGAUAAUACGAAGACAACACCAACAAGCGCUAGCAACGGGCAGAAAGUCGUUACCAGCGUCUUGCUCGUAAUGGGGCUGGCGUCUAUUUCAUUAGUUUUCGUUUAAUUUUGAACUGUGCGUUGUGUUUUUCGUCUUCAAAAUAAUAAAAUUGGGGAGCUUAAAAAUGUGAGGCGAGCUACUAUAUACGUAACGUGCCAUAAAUGGCAAUUUUUAGCAUAUAAGUUAUUGAUUGGUCUGCGAUUUUUGCCUCUGUUCCUGUUAUAUUACUAUUAAUGAAUAAAACUUGAUUGUUCUUUUUCUUUUUUA